AUGCGCGACAAAUUGAAAUUUGAGGAGGGGUUGAACAAGGUGCACACUAUUUUUGGAUUUUUUGGUAUUUGCGAUCGUGUAAAAGACGCAUCUAUCGUGCCCCGAUCCUUGCACAUAGAGGCUUUGCUUCAAAGUGUUUACGCUCAAGAAAACUCACCGGAUAUCUUUGUACGUGAAACCAGGAUCAACUCCGAAGGCUUCCAAUAA